AGCAUUAAUUUUUCGGAAUUUUCAGCGUAGAUUUGAAAACUUGUAACAUGAAGACAAAAACAAUUUUUUUGACACUUUGCCUGGGGAUUGCAUUGGCAAUUGACAGUUCAAGCAUUAAUGAAGGUUCUGAAGAUGAUGACAAUUUUUUGAGUCAAGCGAAAGAAGAGAUUAAUGAGAGAAUUUCUGGAUUAGGAGAUGACGAAAACAACUUUCAAGAAGUUGAAGAAGAUAUUGUUGAUGACACCGACGUUGAUGACAGCAUGUCUGAACAAGACGAGCUUCAUAUUCAUUUAGCAAAUGGAGAAGAGCAUCCAAUAGAUGAGGUAGAUUUUAUGAACGAGGAGGAGCGAAAGAAUGAGAAUAUUGACUUAUAUGAAAUCAAAGAAUAUGAUGACGAAAAUGUUUUUAUGAAUUUGGCAGAGAUAAUUGUUAAUCAUGAAAGCAACGCUCAAGCUAAUGAACAAGAUGAAUCGAGUGAGGAUCAAGGAGACAUUAUUAAUCCAAGAAGAAAAAGUUUGGAUAAAAUUGGAAAGAAUUUUAUAUUCAGAAAGUAAUUGUAAUGAAACCAAAAGUGAAAUAAUAAAUUUAAAAAAAAUUAAGUACGAAAUAAAUGGUCCGGAUUAGUCUGAG